CAAAACAAUCAAAAUGGCUAUCUGAAGAUGAUAAAAUAUUUAAAAUGUAAUAAUAAUUAGCACGACAGAACAUCUAGUCGUGCUUAAAUCGGCGAAAAAUGGCCACAGGUAACAUAGCAAGGGCGUUUAUUGCGUUUCUUUUCAACAGUGCAUCAUGUGCUUCCAUGAGCGGGAAAGAUCACGGUUUUGGUUCGAAUUUCGUUUGGGCGGGAUCCCUAACUUCUGGUUUACAAAUAGCAGCACAGCAUAAGAAACCCGUGAUGGUGAUAAUCCACAAGUCUUGGUGUACAGCAUGUAAAAAUUUAAAGCCGAAGUUCGCUAGCUCAGUUGAGAUCCAGGAUUUGAGCAAACACCUCGUGAUGGUGAAUUUGGUUGAUGAUGAAGAGCCUACCAGUAGUGCUUUUCAGCCGGAUGGAAAUUACAUACCCCGGAUACUCUUCAUGUCGCCAAAGGGCUCAGUGGACCGUGACAUAUACAAUGAGGAUGGGAGCAGCCAGCACAAAUACUUCUACAGCCGGCCGGAACAAAUAGCCAAGUCCAUGAGAAAGGUUAUCGACAAGUACAAAAAUUGAACAGAUUUAUAGUCGACAUGUAACCCGUUGGACAUUGUAAAUUGAUGAGUUUGAUCUUCAAUAAAUCAAUUUGUACAUUC